UCACUAAUUAAGUACUGCACUGCAACCCUGUCCUCUUCGUCUCUCUCUGCUCACGCUUCUGCUCUGCGCUCUCUGCAGCUCUGGAGUUUGGGGAAGAAAGAGUCCGAACCGACGGCGGGCAUUGGGGAUUACAAGUUCGAGACGAUUCCUUUUGCCUUCUCAGCCGCUGAUCCCUCUGAGCUCUCAGCUCCACUGCCAGCUGCCAGCUGCCGCACCACCGACACCUCGACCUCGAUCUCCGCCCGCGAUAGCUAGCCGACGUUGUCACUGUGGCAUCGCUUCCCUCUCCCCAGCUAGCUGAAGGGAGAGUACCAGAUGGGGCACAUGCAGGACAAACCCUGGCAUGGAGAUAAAAGAUAGCGAAUUACUAGAUAUUUGAUCAGUUUGCCAAUGGACAUAACUUGUCCGCAGGUUGUCCGGAUCCUAUUGGUAGCUCAAGAAGAUUUCAAAGGUUUGUGCAGACACUAAAAACCUAUUGGUGAACAUCAUAAACAGGCUUUAGAAUAUUGAUAGUAUGAAGCUGGGGGACAGGUUCCAAGCAGAAAAGUUCAAUCUUUCUUAUGCUGAUCUCCAUUACGAAAUCACUAAGGAUGUACAAGAUACACGUUCACUGGAUGACCAGAAGAGGACUGUGAGAAGCACAAAUGAGGACGAUGAGCUAGUUAAGUACAUGUCCAAUUUGCCAAGUUUCCUCAAGAGAGGGGAAAACAUCCAAGAGAAGACAUUUAGCGUUGGAGUCCUUGACUGGGGACGCCUAGAGAAAUGGCAGCAUAGUCACAAACAGACAGUGCACAAAGCUAGUAGGUAUUUUACCUCUAGUACCAGCACAUCCUCAUCACACUCGACGGAGGCAUCUUCCAGUCAUUCCAGUAGAGGUCGAAGUUGCUCUCCUAUCAAUCAGAGGAUGCAUCAGCCUACACUUCGACCCUCUCCAAUAGCUUCUCUUGAUGAACAUGAUGUGGCAACUGUCAAACCUACUGGAGAAAAUGCUUUUGUAGUGGAUAAAGGCAACAGUGUGCUCGAUAAUUAUUCGUAUAGUGCAAACGCUGCAUUAGAUCAAACUCUCAAACUCUGUCCGGAAGACGAGAGAGAAGAGAGCGAGAAGAGAGAGCUUAAUCCCAAGAUGUUUCAGAAGAUAGAAGCGUCAAAAGAUGUAAAAGGGAAUGUGGUAAGAUCUUGUUCGAAGGAGAAGAAAGAGGUCCAACUCCAAGAAUGCAAGUCUGGAGAGACAGUUGAUCUGUUGGAACAAUCUAACGCUGGUAAAUCUGGCGGUGAACUUGCGGAAUGGCCAAAUAGAAUUGUUAUUCUUCUGCCCAGAAACGUCCCUAGCAGCGGUAAGUUUGAAGUAUCGCAGCUUCCUGAUUCCACUGCCAGUUCAGAACAGAAAUCAUCAGCAGGGCGAAGUCAAGGAGGCAUCUCUGGAAAAUGUUUGGAAGUUCACCGGGCGAAGUUUGAUUCCAAUUUUGUGCAGAUUAAGCAACGGAUUUCACUAGAUGCGAGUCCAACAAAGUUACCGUUGGAGGGGUUUUGUCCUGUUCCUGCACCAGCUAGAGCUUCUGUGAGCCCACGCACAAGCAGCAAUGUGCAAAUGAGACCCUCUAAUGUUGCUUUGUUGAAAGAUGAUGCUGGUAAGCCAUCUAAGGGACUGGAUUCAAAAACAAGCAAAGCGUCAAGUGAAAAGCCAAGAAGCACUUCACCUUUCCGCCGCUUGACAAUUGGUGUUGGGAAGAUUGUUAAGAGCUCUAACUCAAAGGAGGUUCCAACUUCAUCAGAUUCAAGUUCUUUACAGACUUCUGUGAGUUCAUGUCUAGAGAAGCUUGAGUCAUCUGCUACCUCUCCAGCUAGAUCCAGGUCCAGUCCCCUGAGAAGGUUGUUGGACCCAUUGCUGAAACCAAAAGUGUCAAGUUACAAUCAUUCUGAUUAUCCAUCAAGGAAGACUGCAGCUUCAAUUGGACUGGGUUGCAAUUCAUCCAAGGGCCGGCCAGAUUCCACGGUUGUACAGCCAGGAAAAGCCAAAUUGGAUUUAACCGGUCGUAAUUCAAUUAAUGUUGAUAAUUCACAUUUGGAGAAGAACAGUGGCUUACCCAUGGUGCAAGCUCUUCUCCGGGUGGCAUUCAAGAAUGGUUUUCCGUUGUUUACCUUUGCAGUGGACAAUGACGGAGAUAUUCUCGCAGCCACGAUGAAAGAAUGCAGCAGCUCCUCAGUAAAGGAUAAUCGAAGUUGGAUUUACACGUUCCUCACAAUCCGGGAAGUCAAGAAGAAGAACGGAAUCUGGAUAAAUCAGGGAGGCAAGAGCAAAUGUCAUGAUUACGUCCCCAGUGUUGUGGCCCAGAUGAAGGUUUCAGAUUCCCGCUCAUCGAACUUGAGAGAGUUUGUUUUAUUUUCUGUGGAGCCGAGAAAGCAAAAUCAGUCGAGCUCAGACUUCAAGCCAAAUGAUGAGCUUGCAGCAAUCGUAUGUCAGAUCCCUUUGAGAUUAAAUCCAUGUUCAGUCGGAAGCGGGCAUCAGGGAGUUGUCUCUGAUGACAUGGAUCAUGAGGAUCUCGUCAACACGACAGUGAUCCUUCCGAGUGGGGUCCACAGUUUGCCGAGUAAGGGGGGGCCUUCUUCGCUUAUUCAGCGCUGGAGGUCAGGUGGAUCUUGUGAUUGUGGAGGCUGGGAUCUGGGUUGCCAACUGAAGGUUCUUUCUGGAGAUCAUCACCCCAGGGAGAGAGUGAGUUCAUCAGAAGCUGCGUCGGCAGCAGAUCUCUGUGUCCUUUUCCCUCAGGUGGAUACACAAGAAAAUCUGCCCGAGCUUACUUUGGCUCUGUUCAAGGAUGGAAUCUACUCGAUCGAGUUCAAUUCGUCACUCUCUGUGCUACAGACCUUCUCCGCCUGCAUAGCAGUCCUGGAAAGUAGAAAGAUGAUCGAGAACUUGGAAGAUCCGAAUCUUUCUGUAGGAAAAUCUUCCGGUGUAAGCAUGCACUCUCAUAAUGGAGAUCUUCCUGGAAAGUAUAUCUCUAAUCCUCCCCUUUCUCCAGCCGGGAGAGUAUUAGAACGGCCCAUAUAGGAAUCAGCUCAUAGUAGUUCAUAUGCACUUAUGCUCUGAUGCAAUUAUUUUAGAUAGGUAAUGGGGUGAUCGGAAUCAACUUCGACUUACUGGAAGUUCAUAGCUUGUAAAAAUAUAAGCAUCAUGUCCAGAGUUUCUACAAUAAUUAUAUGUAUCUUUAGUAGUGAUGAGAAUGCGGUUCUCUUUUUGUGUUAGGUCCUGCAUUCUGACUGAUUAGGAAGCAUUUGGCAGCUUCAAAGUGUACUUCAAUGGGGAACAUUGUUCACUGUUUAUUAUUAAUAACAUUAAUUAAAGUGCGCAUAUUUCUAUU